UCUCUCUCCACAGAACAUAUUUAUAGUCUCGCGUCCUCUUUCUCAGGCACAACACACAAUCUUGUCGUUCUGAAGCCAAGAACUUUAGGACAAACCAGAAGAGAAAUGGAGAGAUACUCAUCGGCAGCGGCCAUGGUUCCGCAUGAGGAGGCCGCGACUGUCCCUCCCCAGGCCUACCCGUUCCACAAGUCUCUCCACUCUGUCCGCAAAGCCCCCGCCAAGCCGUGGAAGAAGCCCACCGCCCCGCUCCCCCCCAACCCCACCCGGGUCUACAAGGUCGAGCCCAUCAACUUCCGAGAGCUCGUCCAGAAGCUCACGGGGGCUCCGUCCCGGCUGCCGCAGCCCCCCGCCCGCCGGCUCCAGGAGGCGGCCCCUCCCCCGCUUGAGCUCGUGACGCCGAGCCCGGCCCGUAGCGAUAUCAGCAACAACAAUAACACGGCAGCGGCGCCGAAGGCCACUACUCCUUUGUCUACUGUGUACAGGGAGCUGGUGUCUGAGGGCCCUGAGAAGAAGCCUCUCCACAAGUUUGGAGAUGGCUUCGAGCUGAGCUUGUCGCCGAGCUUUCUCGGAUGGAGCACGAUUCCCAUGUUGAGUCCGGGGACAUUGUCCGGAUUCUAGAAUUCAAAAGAACGAAAGUUCAAUCUUUCGCUAAUCCGCUGCCAACUGUUGGGGACAAAAAAAAAAGAUUGAGCCGUCCACAAAAGGCCGUGGAUCCGAAAUGUGUUCUAACACCUACAGCGCUGUUUCUCUUUCCCUCAUUAUUGACUUUGUAAAUUUCGUAGGCUGUUUUGAGAUGCAUGAAAAAAAACAGCUAGUUCAUCGGUAGUUAUUACUUCUCAUUUUACCUCAUACGGUUUUUCAUAUGCGGUUUUAUAUCUAUUCGGAACACACAAAGAUCAAGUUGUAUUCUUGA